ACGUCUGCAGCUCAGUGGAUUACUUCCAGCCUCGUAGGACGGCUUACAUUUUAAAUGUCCCCGUGGCCGCUUUGAAGGAGGAGUUCGCUCGAGGACUGGAUGUGCUCACAAACGCACGAGUGCCAGAUUGUCUGUUUGUUUGUGAGCGCCCCGCUUGUUUAAAACAAGAAGGAGCGAUUCACGUUCGUACAGAGUGGGAUUAACUGAAGACUGCUAAUGGAAAACUGGCUCCAGAAAUUCGUUGGCUUGUCUCUGAUCGGUACUGACGCGUGACGGGAAAUUAAGGAAGGACACAUAGCAGUGGACAAACAAAGAGAAUACCUCCCUUUCUUGCACACAUCUCCUAGACUAGCCCAUGACAUACAGCAGCAGCAAAGCUGCACUAAAGCAAUUCAGACGGUAACCUCCAAUUGAAGGAAAUCACUCAUCUGUGAAGAAAACGCAACCAUAAGGAAGCAGGAGAAACGCCUGAAAAGGGAUUUUUGUUGUUAAAACAUUUGGUUAUUCCAGACACUCCUGUUUUGUUUUUUUUUUCCUUUUUUGUGGAAAACAGAGUGCUCAUUUUCUGAAAUAGUUGGGAAGGAGGAAAAAAGACCUGUUGUAUAAUUAACAGAAUGCUAUUCUAGCCACUGGAUACAGAUAUCAAUUUGUAGAGCAGUUCAAGCACUCUACAAAGAGCCUAAUUUUAGAAACGACACACUGAAAUUGUGGUUGCAUGAAUUGCUACUUUUAUGUGUUUGUUUUUUCUUUCUUUUUUUUUUUUUUCUUUAAUUUUGAGGUCUGACAUUUGGGAGAAGUUUUUUGGAGGUUACCGAAGAGUGUGAUCUCCUGCAUAAUCCUGGAUAUUUUAAAAAUAUUCAUCUGCUUGCUGUUGGAUGGUUUGGAUGUAAGCAUUCCAAAUAUUCCUUCUACAUAUUUUCACCUUUCGCCGGAUUACAAACUCCACUUUUCUCUUUGCUUUGAUGUAUUUAUCCCAAGAACUUGAAAAUGAAGCCUCUGACACCCAUAGGUUCUCCCUCUCCUCUGAGGCUCCUGAACAAGGGUCCAGAGUACCUCCGCAGGCAAAUGGACAGUGGCAGCCGAGCACGCUCCGUCAGCGCCGUUGAGCGGCUGGAGGCGGACAAGGCCAAGUAUGUCAAAAGCCAACAGGUCAUCAACAAUAAGCAGGAGCCAGUGGUCAUCCCAUGUGCAACACCACCUCCCCAGCCCAGGAGGCCAUUUACGGUGCCAUGUGCUACACCGCCACCUCCUCCCCGGAGGCCUUUCACUGUACCUUAUGAUACACCUCUUCUCCAGUUGAGGAAACCUUUCUUCUUCGAGGAUGAUGACAUUUUUGAAGACCUCACUGCCAAAAAAGAGAAUCGGGUUUUGCUCCAGCAAAAUGAAAAGAAUUCCCCAAUUACUCCUACUGACCAAACUGUCCCUGUGAUGAGGAGGACAUCAGCUAAACGAAUGCUGAGGCCUGACUCUUUGAUCAUUUACAGGCAGAAGCGAGAGUGCAAAACUCCCAACAGUGAGACUAAAGGGUACAGCUUUGUGAGGCGCUUGUUUCAAGGAUCCAUGAGAGAGAAGAACCACCCAGAGAUCCCCAAGAUGCCAAUAGUCGAGGUGAAAGUCCCAGCUAAAGAAGAAGAUUCUCGAAUGUCUUGGACCAAUGAAAAAGAAGUCUCCAAAAGUGACCACGAGGACAGGCAAGUACUUGAGUCCCCACCAGGCAGCCCUCUGAUUCGGUCUUCAGAGCAGGUCUCUAAGACCACCAGUGGCACUGAGGCGGACAAGCCCGCCAUUUUACGGAGACGAGGUUUACAGCGUUCCAAAUCCGAUCUUCGCUUGCGGUACUCCUUGGCAUUGUCUGAGAAAGAACGUUUCUUUAAUUACUGUGGGCUGGACCCAGAAAUGGUGGACAGGCUGGGCCUGGAGAACUUCUUCAUUGCUAACUCUGACACCGUCUCGCUGAUUCUGCGCAGUGUCAGUGUGGACGGCUCGGAGAUGAGCGAGUUUUCCCGACGGAGUGGAGAAGGACUGUUUGAGGAAGAACUGACUGAACAAAUCCCCUCCGUGGUGUCGGUAAUUGAGCGGAAUGCUCGGGUUAUUAAGUGGCUCUACGGCUGCCGGAAAGCAAAAGAAACCCCAAAAGAGUCCACAGUGUGAUGGCUGGAUAAGCUGAAUCUGUAAAUGUAGUUAGAACUGGAAUUAGUAUUUAAGUACAUUUGUAUGUUUAUUUGAAUUUACAGAUGCACUAUAAGGAAAUAUUAUUUACAUGUAGCGCUGAAACAUUUUUUGCCUUUUUAUGUGAGAUCAUUUCUUUGUAUCAACUCUCGCAGUCUUCACUUUUCAUAGAAGUGGGUGUGGUUUGUAUAUUAAUGAGGCAGCAUGCAAAUGAAGCGCUUUCAUAAGGAAAGAAGCACCACCUGAGCUAAAUGUGAAUGGCAACCUUGGCAGUAAUUGUGGUGUACACCACACACUGCACCUCCUCUCACUUUCCUUUUUGUUUUGUUGUUUUCAUUUUUGACUGUGGCUUUUUUUUCCCUAUCAAAUGGGGGCACAAUGUCCAUUUAAAUUGUUCAAGCCCUAAUUGAUUUGCUUCUCAGGUGGAUCUAAUGUGUGUUUAACAGAGUGACCGAAAUGUGGAGCGUUUCAGUCACUGACCAUCCCGAGCCUCUAAGCUCCGGGUUUUAAUAUGCAGACAAAAAUCUUACUCUUUCAGAAUCUUUGUUAGAUAGUUGGUUAUUUUAUUUAGUAAAUAUAUGUAUAUAUUGAUGUGUAUAUAUAAAGUAUGACUUUAAA